AUGGCGGAGGUGAUCACUGUCAUGGACAUCGACGACGAUAACAACCCAUCUCCAAAACCCAACAACAACAAGGGCAAAAACGUCGUUGUCGCCGCCGCCCCUUCCCAGGGCAAAGCGACGCCGUGGGUCGAGAAGUACCGUCCUCAGUCACUCGCAGAUGUCGCCGCUCACCGCGACAUUGUCGACACCAUUGAUAGGCUCACUAGUGAGAACAGAUUGCCACACCUCUUGUUGUACGGCCCUCCUGGCACUGGCAAAACUUCAACCAUUCUUGCUGUGGCACGCAAGCUCUAUGGAGCACAAUACCACAAUAUGAUUCUGGAGUUGAAUGCAUCGGAUGAUAGGGGUAUUGAUGUUGUGCGACAACAGAUCCAAGAUUUUGCUAGCACACAGAGUUUCUCAUUUGGGGGUGACAGUGCAAAGUCAUCUGUAAAAUUGGUCUUGCUGGAUGAGGCAGACGCUAUGACAAAGGAUGCUCAAUUUGCUUUACGAAGAGUGAUUGAGAAAUACACAAGGAACACUAGGUUUUCACUAAUCUGUAAUCAUGUCAACAAGAUUAUUCCAGCAUUGCAAUCAAGAUGUACUCGUUUUCGAUUUGCUCCACUGGAGGAGUUUCAUGUCUCAGAGAGACUCAAACAUGUUAUAGAAACUGAAAGGCUUGAUGUGUCUGAGAGUGGCUUGGCGGCAGUUGUGCGGCUUAGCAAUGGUGACAUGAGAAAGGCUCUGAACAUUUUGCAGUCAACUCAUAUGGCUUCACAGCAGCAGAUAACAGAAGAAGCAGUAUAUCUUUGCACAGGAAAUCCAUUGCCCAAAGACAUUGAGCAAAUAUCCUACUGGCUUCUGAAUGAAUCAUUUGCUGAGAGUUUCAAACGAAUAUCCGAUAUGAAAACAACUAAAGGGUUGGCUUUGAUAGAUAUUGUAAGAGAAGUGACCAUGUUCGUUUUUAAGAUUAAGAUGCCACCAGAUGUUCGAGUUCAGUUGAUUAAUGAUUUAGCUGACAUAGAGUACAGGUUGACCUUUGGGUGCAAUGAUCGGUUGCAACUUGGAUCAUUGGUAGCUUCUUUUACGACAGCUCGAUCUGCACUUGUUUCUGCUGUGAAGUAG